CCGCCGCCUCCUCCCUCUUUUCCACGGAUCCGGCAGUUGGAGUUUUCCUUGGACUCCCCAAAGGAAGAAACUCCGAAGUUGGAGAGCGCCACGGCGAAGGCUCGGCUCCCGUUCUUCUCGGGGGCUUUUUUUGGAGAGGGCGUGCGCCUUUACGCGCGGAGCGGCUCCCGCUUUUACGCACCGACCUUCUCCAACUUUGAACCCCGUUUCUUCCUCGCCUUGCACGCUGCAUCUCCCGGAUGUCCUGCUGGGGGGCAGAUGUCCCCCUCCCCCUCCAAAUCCCCUCUUGACCGCCGACCUACACCUUUGAAACAGGGAGAAAUGUGGACUCUUCCGUGGUCGCCUCCUCUGCGUCGCCACUUGGGCAUGGAUUGAGUUUCGCCUUCCUUCUCCCUUGAUGUCCAAGAAGGAGAAAAGCUGGAGGACUCAGGAGAGAGUUUGGGAACAGCCAAGGCAGCAUACUAGUAGUCAAUACUAGGCUUCUAGGAAGGCUUUGGGAGAUCACCAACUUCUUCACAGUCACUCCAUGCCUGGAGACCAGAAGUUUAGGCAUUGCCUCCUCUAAAGAUCUCUCCAGCAUUCUCCAUCAACUUCACCAACCUCAAGCUGGAGGACUCAAGAGAGAGUUUGGAAACGGCUUCGUAGUCAAUACUAGACUUCUAGGAAGGCUUUGGGAGAUCACUAACUUCUUCACUGUCACUCCAUUCCUUGAGACUGGAAGUUUAGGCUUUGUCUCCUCUAAAGAUCUCUCUAGCAUUCUCCAUCAACUUUACCAACUUCAAGCCGGAGGACUCAAGAGAGAGUUUGGAAACGGCUUCGUAGUCAAUACUAGACUUCUAGGAAGGCUUUGGGAGAUCACUAACUUCUUCACUGUCACUCCAUUCCUUGAGACCGGAAGUUUAGGCUUUGUCUCCUCUAAAGAUCUCUCUAGCAUUCUCCAUCAGCUUCACCAACCUCAAGCUGGAGGACUCAGGAGAGAGUUUGGAAACGGUAAAAACAACAUACUUUGGCUUCGUAGUCAAUACUAGACUUCUAGGAAGGCUUUGGGAGAUCACUAACUUCUUCACUGUCACUCCAUUCCUUGAGACCGGAAGUUUAGGCUUUGUCUCCUCUAAAGAUCUCUCUAGCAUUCUCCAUCAGCUUCACCAACCUCAAGCUGGAGGACUCAGGAGAGAGUUUGGAAACGGUAAAAACAACAUACUUUAGCUUCGUAGUCAAUACUAGACUUCUAGGAAGGCUUUGGAAGAUUGUCACUCCAUUCCAGGAGACCAGAGAGUUUGGAAACGGUAAAAACAACAUACUUUGGCUUCAUAGUCAAUAUUAGACUUCUAGGAAGGCUUUAGGAGAUCAGCAACUUCUUCACUGUCACUCCAUUCCUGGAGACCAGAUGUUUAGGCAUUGUCUUCUCUAAAUAUCUCUCCAGCAUUCUCCAUCAACUUCACCAACCUCUAGCUGGAGGACUCAGGAGAGAGUUUGGAAACGGUAAAGACAACAUAUUUUGGCUUCGUAGUCAAUACUAGACUUCUAGGAAGGCUUUGGAAGAUUGUCACUCCAUUCCAGGAGACCAGAAGUUUAGGCAUUGUCUCCACUAAAGAGCUCUCCAGCAUUCUCCAUCAACUUCACCAACCUCAAGCUGGAGGACUCAAGAGAGAGUUUGGAAACAGCUUCGUAGUCAAUACUAGACUUCUAGGAAGGCUUUGGGAGAUCACUAACUUCUUCACAGUCACUCCAUUCCUGGAGACCAGAAGUUUAGGCAUUGUCUCCUCUAAAGAUCUCUCCAGCAUUCUCCAUCAACCCCACUCCUCUUUCAGUAGCCCAAAGACUGGGAAAAGCUGGAGGAUACAGGAGAGAGUUUGGAAACGGUAAAGACAACAUACUUUGGCUUUGUAGUCAAUAUUAGACUUCUAGGAAGGCUUUGGGAGAUCACCAACUUCUUCACUGUCACUCUAUUCCAGGAGGCCAGAAGUUUAGACAUUGUCUCUUCUAAAGUUCUCUCCAGCAUUCUCAAUCAACUUCACCAACCUCAGUCCUCUUUCAGGGGCUAUUAUCCAUUCCGUUUCAUCUCCCAUAAACAUCCUUCCACAGUUGAUUUCCUAUUUUUUGACCCAACUCUGCUCAUUGGUCAAGCCAAGCCAAGCCAAGAUGGCAGCCAUCCAAGCCCUCCAGCAGUGGUGCAAACAGCAGUGCCAAGGGUACAAGGAUGUCAAUAUCACCAACAUGACCACCUCUUUCCGAGAUGGCUUGGCCUUCUGUGCCAUUCUGCACCGCCACAGGCCGGACCUAAUAAACUUCAGCUCUCUCCACAAAGAAAAUGUCUACGAAAACAACGAACUGGCUUUUAAAGUAGCGGAGACAGAGCUGGGAAUCCCGGCUUUGCUGGAUGCCGAAGACAUGGUGGCUCUGAAAGUGCCGGAUCGUCUGAGCAUCCUCACUUACGUCUCCCAAUAUUAUAACUAUUUCCAUGGAAGGUCCCCUAUUGGAGGGAUGGCGGGGGUCAAGCGCUCUCCUUCCAACGCCAGUGAGGAACCCGCAGGGAAAAAGAUUAUUUCUGAGCCAGAGAAGCCUGCACCUGCCAAGCCAUCCCCAGUUUACAUGCCGCCUGAGCCCAAGAUCAACCCAGCCUUGAAGGGGAAGGAAAACGCUCCCGUGGAAGCAAGACAACGGAUCUUAGCCGAAAACACCAAUCUGCGAAGCAGCAACUGCACAAUCUGCGGAGGCCAUGUUCACUUGGUGCAGAGACUCCUGAUGGAUGGGAAGCUUUAUCAUCGGAGCUGCUUCAGGUGCAAACAGUGCUCCAGCACCCUCAAACCUGGAAACUUCAAAGCUGGGAAGGACCCGGGGACUUUUAUCUGCAACGGACACGAACAACCGAAUCUCCACCAUGCCUCGCCUGUUAACCAAAGGACUGCCAUUGGAGAGAAUAAAACCACUGGUCUCCUUCCUACUUCAGGGAGCCGUUUGAAAGGGUUCGAAUCCAAGAAGCCUGAGCCGGAAACUCCGAAGCCAAGCCAGGCUCCUCAAAGGCUUGAUGCUUCGAAAGCACCAGGAAAAGAACCCGCAGAUUUGAGGAAUCAUAAGUCUGGCUCGGAAGCUUCUAAUCCUAAUUCACGUUGGUCGGACUUGAAUACGGGGAAUAAAUCGGGUCGCAGUGAAAGUUCGGUCGCUUCCCCAGUCCCUUCCCAUUGGACGCCAACGGCAGCCAAAACGCAGCAAGCCAGGGAGAAAUUUUUCCAGGCAUCAGCUCCAUCUCCAGACAAAAAAGAACCACCAAAAAGUCAAGGCACUCCGUUAAAUUCUUCCCAGGUAGCUGCGAAGACAGCAUUUCCCCAAUCAGGGUCCAAUGCAGGCAAUAAUGAAAAGGAACGAGCACGGAAUAUCCUUAUGAAUGUGUUACCGGCACCACCGACGUCGACCAACAAGCUUCCAGAUUUGAGCACCACCAGUGGCAAAGCACCUCCGCUUUUGCAGCAUCUUGAGACCAAGAACGUCCCAACUAGUGAAAUCUCAAAGCCUGUGGGUCGGCUCUCAGCCACAGAGAAGCCACAGAGGGAUCCUUUGGGAACUUCACCUGUGUCCAAUUCUUCAGCCAGAAACCCUGGAAACCGAGCGGAGAUCGGGUCAGCCACCCAGAACAGCUUCAAGGUUCAGUACAAUGGACCCAAAGCCGACUCUGGACACAAAGCAGACUUUAAGGCUACUAAAGUGGGAGGAAUCACUGCUGCGGAAGAGAAAUCGGAGAGCCCUGCAGAGUGGAGGUCGAGAUUGAAACCGGUGGCCAACAAGAUCUCAGACCGUCGUGAUGCCAGGCCGGUCCCUAAACCUGCAGAAAUCCACAAAACGGUGGUCAGCGUCUCCGUGAGACCCAUGCCAGAGGACCAGAAGCCAGUGAUCCCAUCAGCCAUUCAGGAGACUGCGCCCUCGCCCAAUUCUCUUCCAAAGAAGAAACUCUUGGUGCCUCAAGUGGAUCUUUCCAGCGGGUGGCAGAAAACCAAGCAACCCUGGGAUGGUCCCCAAACAAACCAAAAGCUGGAGGUACCAGGUCCCCCCAAAGUUGCAGUUGCACCCGUCAGACCCUCCUCUCCCAAAAUCUCCCAGAAGCAUCCAAACAAACAAGUGGUGUCUCCAUCAAAGCGCCAUCCAGACUACAUUCCGGAGGAAAAGAUCCAGACGGAGGUCCGGCAGAUUGAGAAGCAACUGGACCGGCUGGAGCUCCAAGGAGUAGACCUGGAGAAGCAGCUGCGGGGCUGCGAGGGAGACGAAAGGGAGGAUGCGCUGAUGGUGGAAUGGUUUAAACUGAUCCAUGAGAAGCAGCUCUUGCUGAGACGGGAGUCGGAGCUGAUGCACAAGAUGAAUCAACAGAAGCUGGAGGAGAAGCAGUGGGACAUAGAGACGGAGCUGAGGACCCUCAUGAGCAAGUCUGAUUUCGUAAAGACCUCCAAGGAGAGAAAGCGUGAAGAAGAGCUGCUCAGGUUGUACGUGGAGACUGUCAACGACCGGAACAAGAUUGUGGAGGACCUGGAUGAGGACCGGCUCAGGGAACAGGAGGAAGAUGAGGUUUUGGCCGCCAUGAUCCAGAGGCUUGAUGGACCACGCAACACCCCGGAAAGUGAAAAAAAGAAACCCAAAUUUGGCUUAUUCAAACUAUGGCUGAAUUAAACGGAAGAGGGACAUCGGUAUUGCUAUUCCUGGAGACCGAAUGAUUCAUGGGUUGUUGGAUUCUCCCUGGAGUUAGUUUGUUUAAGGAAAUCAAAACUUGACUUUGUCCAACGUCAAUUACCUUCAGGCCACUCUUUUCUGGCCACUAGGUGGCAGCGCAGCUUUCAAAAAAAUCUCGACUCUUUCCGAUGUUUCAAGAAAGAGACUCAGGAAGUGAAUUGAAACUAGAAAAUAGUUAUUAUUACCACGGGAGCAGAUUUGUAUCCCUGUUUUAAUGACAACAACAUCGUCUGUGUACAGUGAGUCGGUGCGAUACAUUAACAGCCUCGUAUUUUUUGCACUUUGUAUUAAAUCAAGAAUGGUUUAACCGGUGA